AUGCUCGCCAGGCUGGCCGGGAACGGCAGCAGUGCAGUACUUCGGAAAGGAGAUCCUAGUGCCCUGGGAGAGCAGGGAUUUGGAACAUCAGUUUAUAACUCUUCAUCUACUACAGUAUCUUCCAGGCAAAGAAGAUUUCACAACACAAUUUGUGAAUCAUCCAAUUCAUUCACAUGCUUUAAUGGAGGUGAGUGCGUGCAUUGGCAACUGUGUGACUGUAGUCGAUAUAAUGCAACUGGAUCAAGAUGUCAGAAAAUAUACAACACAGGUGCAGAACGAGACCACAUUUGCCGAACAUGGGGACAAUACCAUUAUGAAACCUUCGAUGGGCUCUACUACUUUUUCUCUGGAAAAUCUACAUACACUCUCUUAAGGCAGAAUGAACUGGACGAACAGAGCUUCUCUAUACAAGUCCAUAAUGAUCCAGAUUGCAAGUCUUCUCCAUAUUCCUGUAAACGAUCAAUUAGCCUAUACUUUUCUGGAGACGGGGAAAUCAGAUUAAGUAGUGAGGUCACCUACAAAGGAAUUGGGAUACAAUUACCAUAUACCAUAGGGAACUUGUACAUCCAAGCAUUAGCUGGAUAUGUCAUUGUUAGACACCAAUAUGCAUUCUCUCUGGCUUGGGAUGGUACCUCUGCUGUUUAUAUUAAGAUGGCUCCUGACUACUUGGGCAGAACUCAUGGACUGUGUGGUAACAACAAUGCCGUUCUGCAAGAUGAACUUGCCACUAGUUAUGGAAAACUUACUGAAGACAUUGAAGAGUUUGUAGAAAGCUGGAGAGAAAAUCCUCCACAGGAGAACAUCUUCUCCUGGGAUACCUCAUUUAACUAUGAGCCACCCUGUCUGACUCAAAGCCAAACGUUUUUACAGAGGACAUAUGCAUUUUGCAGCAUUCUGCUCUGGAGCCCCUUCAAAGAGUGCCAUGAAUUUGUGAGCCCAUUUCCUUUCAUGGCCAGUUGCACAAAUGAUCUAUGCAUGUCAGCAGCUGAUAAUGCAACUUUGUGUCGAGCAUUAACUGAGUAUGCCAGGACUUGUGCUCAAGCAGGAAAACCUCUCCACAACUGGCGGGCACAAUUUAAGGAAUGUGCCAUUAAAUGUGAGGAGCAUCUUGUCUACAAUGAAUGCAUUGACUGCUGCCCAGUUUCAUGUCAGCAAAAAACUCAUUGUGUUGACAGUGAGCUGCCCUGUGUUGAUGGAUGCUAUUGUCCAGAUGGACUUAUUUAUGAAAACAAAUUAUGUGUAAGGCCAUCAGAAUGCCCUUGUGAUUAUCACGGAUUUGUCUACAGAACUGGUGCUGUGGUUCAUGAAGAAUGCAACAACUGUACAUGUGCUGGAGGAAAAUGGAUUUGCACAAACCUUACCUGUUCAGCUGAAUGUUCAGUCUCGGGAGAUAUUCACUUCAUGACAUUUGAUGGGCGCAAAUAUACUUUUCAAGCCACUUGCCAGUAUAUUCUGGCAAAAAGCCUCACCUCUGGAAAAUUUGCUGUGACUCUGCAAAAUGCUCGUUGUGGUCAGAAUCAAGAUGGAGCAUGUAUCCAGUCAGUCAGUCUUAUUCUCGAUCAAGAUUCCAAGAGGCAAGUGACUCUGACCCAUUCAGGAGAUGUUUUGGUAUAUGAUCAGUACAAAGUAAACCUGCCUUAUAUAGAUGAUGCUUUUGAAAUACGGAAACUUUCCUCUGUAUUUUUGCAAAUAAAGUCAUAUAUUGGAUUGCAAAUACUGUAUGACUGGAAGGGCUUGAGGCUCUAUCUCAAAGCUGAUGCUCAAUGGAAAGAUGAUACCAUAGGACUUUGUGGGACCUUCAACGGAAAUAUGCAAGAUGAUUUUUUAUCUCCAGUAGGAGUGCCAGAAAGUACGCCACAGCUUUUUGGAAAUUCCUGGAAAACUUCAUCUGCCUGUGGUCUUGAGCAUGAUUAUUCACCAGUGGAUCCAUGUGAUAUUCAUCUACAAUCAGCCACUUAUGCAACAGAAGCUUGCGGCAUCAUUACGAAAGAACUCUUUGCCCCAUGCUACUCCUUCCUGAGUCCUCUCCCCUAUUUUGAACAGUGCAGAAGAGAUACCUGUAAAUGUGGGCAGAUCUGCAUGUGCUCCGCUCUGUCCCAUUAUGCCCACCUGUGCCACAGAUAUGGAGUGGUGAUAGACUUUCGGAGUUAUGUCCCAGAAUGUGCUCUUUCAUGUGAAGAUACAAAGGAGUACAGUACCUGUGUAUCUACUUGUGGCAGAUCCUGCCAAGCUUUCUCUGUGCCAGAGACAUGCAGUGAUGAUUGUGUUGAAGGCUGCACCUGCCCUCUUGGAAUGUAUCUGGACAUCAAAACUGACAGAUGUGUGCAACAAAAUGAAUGUCCCUGCUAUUUUCAAGGUAUUGACUAUUCACCUGGAGAAAACAUAAUCACAUCUUUGGGGAAAUGCCAUUGCAGAGAUGGCAUGAUGAACUGUGAGGAAAACAACAUUGUUCAUGACUGUCCAGAUGACCAGAUCUAUGUAAACUGCAGUAAUCCACAAACAAUGGAGCUUGGCAGGGAGAGAACAUGUGAAAACCAACUGCUAAACCUCACUAUAUCUGCACAUCUUCCUUGUUUUUCAGGAUGCAUGUGUCCUCAGGGCCUUGUUAAACAUGGUGAUGCAUGUUUCAAGCCAGAUGAAUGCCCGUGUUCUUGGAAAGGCAAAGAGUACUUUCCUGGGGAUAAAGUAAUUUCUUCCUGCCAUACAUGCAUCUGCUAUCAUGGGUCAUUUGAAUGCACUUUCCAUCCUUGUCCAUCAAUGUGUACUACAUAUGGAGACCGCCAUUACAGAACUUUCGAUGGACUUUCCUUUGAUUACAUUGGGAAUUGUAAGGUUUACCUGGUUAAGAGUUCCUCAAUUACUAGUUUAUCAAUCAUCAUAGAAAACGUGAAUUGCUUUAACACUGGGAUCAUUUGCAGAAAGUAUAUUUUCAUUAACAUUGGAAAAUCAUUCAUAAUAUUUGAUGAUGACACUGGAGAUCCGAGUCCAUUGAGUUACCUAGACAAACUGCAGCAAGUACAUAUAUGGAAAGCUGGUUUUUUCACACUUGUUCACUUUCCCAAUGAACACAUCACAGUAAUGUGGGAUCAAAGAACAACUGUUCAUGUAGAGACAGGACCUCAAUGGCAGGGUGUGCUGACAGGAUUAUGUGGAAAUUUUGAUUCAAAAACAAUAAAUGAAAUGAGAACUCCAGAAAAUUUUGAGUUAACAAAUGCACAAGAAUUUGGAAGUAGCUGGGCAGCUGUAGAGUGUGUUGACAGCUCUGACAUUCGGCAUCCAUGCAUUUUAAAUCCACUCAGAGAACCAUUUGCCAAGAAAGAAUGUGGAAUACUCUUAAGUGAAAUAUUUGAGUCUUGCCAUCCAGUGGUUGAUGUCACCUGGUUUUAUUCAAACUGUUUGACAGACACAUGUGGUUGUAACCAGGGAGGGGAUUGUGAGUGUUUCUGCACAAGUGUUUCAGCCUAUGCACAUCAAUGUUGUCAACAAGGAGUUACAGUAGACUGGAGAUCUCCAAGAUUGUGUCCUUAUGAUUGUGAAUAUAUCAAUAAAGUUCUGGGAAAGGGCCCCUACAAGCUGGUCAGCUUCUUGGACAGAGAAAUUGCACUUGGAGCCAAGCUGCUGGAUGGUUCUGUUUUUCCAGCAAGAGGAGAUUCUGUUGCUCCUGGAGAUGCAGUACACUUUAUGCUGACAUCGGGACUGUAUAAGCCAAAAGCACAUGAUCCAAACCUGGCUUCAUUUGAAUCAGCUGACAGACCAAAUUAUUUUCUUCAUUUAGCUUCCAACAAUACCUUGGUUCUCGCCAAGUGGGAAAGAAGUGAACAUUUUCAAAACAGAUCAACGUUUGCCAUCCACAAAAACACAUGGCUUUCAGGUUAUAGCUCCUUUGAGUCAUUUGCAGUGCCAGGAGCCUUCAUCCACAUUUCUGCUGCUUCUGUGAAUAUUGUUAAAUAUCGCCACUCUGAGGCAUUCAGACUUGCUACACUUUUCAAACUUGUUGAUACCAAGUUUAAAUUUCUAGCUCACUCAACAUGUGAAUGGCGCUAUGAUGCUUGUGCAAGCCCUUGUUUCAAAACAUGCAGAGAUCCUUUGGCAGAACACUGUCAAACUGUUCCAAAGGUGGAAGGAUGUGUUCCUAUGUGUCCUUCACAUAUGGUUCUGGAUGAAGUCACUCAAAGAUGUGUCUAUUUUGAAGACUGCAUUGAACCUACAGCUGAUGUUCAAAUUUCAUCAUCCACUGUAAAGACACAUACAACGUCUGGGGCAACUUCUGCAACGAUGCUGAGUAAAGAACUAACUUUGUCUCCUAGGCCAAUAUCAAAGGACAGAGAAACAACACAGGCAUUCAAGUGGCAAUUUACUCCAACUAAACUUUCUUCUCUUUUGUUGCCAAAUAUUACAGUUUUAGCCAUAUCUGCAACAUCAAAUGCUUCAACAUAUUCAGCUUUUGGUACCAGCUCAAUGCCAGUAGUUUCACACCCAGUAUCUGAUAUUGGCCUCCCUUUUGCUGUUCCUCCACCUACAACUGUAGCAGUUACGGAGUCUUUGCCUGGUAAACAGACAAGUAGUACAACAGUCCCUUCUAUAACUAUAGCAACUGAAUCAGAAAUUAAAUUAAGUUCUACUUCACCUAUUAUUGUGCUGCCAUCAAUGCUUACAGUUGCUAAAUCACCAGCCAUAACUAAAAAAGCACUGGAUACAAAAGUAACAGGUGCUCAACUUCCCCCCACAGAGGAAACAGAAAGAAAAUUUGAAGGUAUUACAGAAGGCAAGACUUCUUCAACACCAAAGACAGAAAGAACAAGUCAAUUUUUUACCAAAAUCCCAUUGCCAUCUUUGGAAAUGUCUUCCUAUGCCCCCACAGUGAAACAAACAACAGACAGAACGACACUGGGUGUAAGUCAACUGACUGUAACAGAUGCAAAUAUCACUGUAGCUCCGUUUUCUACUUUAUUUACUGCUUUAUCAACAGUAAGGCCUGUUGGAAAGCCAAUUCCUUCAGAAACAACAAAAACAACAGUUGCUUUAAUCAAAGAAGGAGUUAAAACCACAUUUAUUACAGUACCUCCAGCACUAACGCAACCCACCACCACAGUCCUGACACAUACAAGUGGUUUUCCAGUUUCUACUGUUAAAAAGGAAACAGUACAAACAACAUCAAGCAUUAUGCACCCACCAAGUACUUUUUCUCAUUUAUAUUCAGCUACGACUCUAAGACAUAGUACUUCUGCCAAACUACUUGGAGCGCCUGGUACAACUUCGCCAACUUUAAUAGACUCAAAAGAAUUUUUAGAGACAGGAUUGACAAGUGCAUAUUCCCCAUUUAUUCAACCAAACGUGACAGAAGAAAUGAUUGUUCCGUAUACCCAGUAUCCCACUUCAUCACACGCUAUGACAGUUACACCCCUCUCUACCAAAAUAAGUUCUAAAAUGACAAUUCUGCCAGAAUCAAUCACCGAUAAAACAUCAACAGAAUACAGAGCACCAUCGUCCCUGGAAACUACAAAAGUGAGUGUUGCACCCUAUUCUAUUGGUGUGACAAAAGUGGAAACAGCAAAAUCUGAUUUGACAAAGGAAGCUGCAGCUAUGGGUGUCCUAGUCCCAUUGGUAACUAAAAAAAUUGAACCAGUUCAAACAACGGAAUUUCUGCAUCCAAUGACUGAUACAGAAAGAGUGAAAUUGUACCCUGGCACAGCAGAGUCAGAAAAAGCCACUACAGAGUCAGAAAAAGCCACUACAAAAAAACCUUCCAUUGUUUUGCUUCCAGGGUCCAUUUCUACAACAAAGAGUCUGAUAGCAUCACCUGAAGUGCGAGUUACCAGUGCUGAUACUCAUCAUCCAAUAACAGCAAAGUCUACAUCAUUUUUUUCAGAGUUUCCUCUUACUACAAAGCUGCUAAGCACAGUUGCUCCAGAAUUGACAAUAACAGAAGCUUUAGGUGCCACUGGUGCUACUUUACGGCCAUACUCUGAACUGAGCAGCCAGCCACCAACUGUUAAAGAAAUAGCAUCAACCAAAGUAGUAUCAACCCUUUCUUCCUCUAUUACUCUUCCUGUAACAACACUCCCUACCACACUUUUCCUGACAGAGAAAACAGUUCUCCCAUUAACACAAAAAAUACCUGAAAUAGCAGCCACUGCAGGGCAGGUACUUGAGAUAUCACAACCAUCUAUAACUUCCAAGGCUACUUCAUCUGUUCCUACUUCUCCAAUGGAAAGGUUUUCUUCCCGUAUGAAAGAAGAAUCCACUGUUCCAUAUUUUAUCCCCCAAACGGCAGGGAAACUUGAUUAUUCACCACCUUCUGAAGAUUACUUAACAACCAAGGGAAGUACUGCAGCCUAUCAUUUGCCAGUUGAACUGUUGAGAACCAGUAUCCACCCCAAAACUGUUUUUAGUACAACAGAGUCAGCAGCCAAAUUUGCAGUGCCCUCCACAUUCCAAAGUACUCCACUACCAGUGAUUCCUCUUUCUGCUGUAUCACUUACUUCAGUGUUUUCACCAGAAGUUCCUUUAACAAGUGAAAAAAAAGUAACCCAAACCGGUCUUUUGCCAUUGUCUACAAUAAAAGAAGAAGUGGAAUUAUUUCCUACUGAAAAGUCAAAACUUGAGCUCCCUACCACAAAGAAAGCACUGACUCCUCCUCAAACCCUUACAGCAUCUAGUACUUUAUUUCAUGAAUCAGAACCAGCAUCUCCUUCAUUGUUUAUACUGGAAGUACCACAAACUUCAGCUGUGAGUCCAACAGACUCACAAGAGGUGGCAUUUUUAACACCAAUACAAUCAACAACAUUCACAUCUAUGAGCAAAAGUGCCACAGAGAAGAUUUCUGUUUUGUCUAAGCAAGUGCCACUUUCCACCAUUUCUUUCAGUUCAACACUCCCUGCGUCUAGAGUGACACCAGCUACCCCACAUUUAACAACUACAACUGAGUCAGCACCCAUUGGAAUCAGUGGUCUCACAACACGGAGUGUCACUAAAUCAUUAGCAGAAAAAACAGCAGGGAUAAAAGAAUCCAUGGCAACAUCCUUAUUUUCAGUGCCUUCCAUUGCUUUAGAAACAAAGAGCACCACUUUGUCAGAGACCGAGGGGCAAUUGGUGGUUACAAAGCUUCCUGUAUCACAUCCGCUCACUGAACAUUCAUCUACUUCUCCAGCUUCACUUGGUUCUACUGUCCAAACUACAAUAGUCAAAAAAACAUCUGCCAUGGAGAUGUCCACACCUUCAACAAGUUCUUUGUUGAUACCACCACUACAGCCAAAUGCUACAGGAGUAAUACCAGUUCCUGCAUAUUUAUCAGGAUUAACCACUGUUGAAACGGUCUCAGGAGUUACAGCAGCAGCUUUCAUGCCAUCUAAAGAAACAGCAACAUCACCAACAUGUGUACCAAUCACAGAGAAUGAGUGCAUAAAGCACAUUUGCUUAGAUGGACAACUAAUCCAAGUUAACAAAUCACAGAACUGUCCAUACAAUGCAACACAACCCAGCUGUGGAUUUCUUGGAUUUGGUGUUCAGAUUAAUGGAGAUAAAUGCUGCCCCAAGUGGGAAUGUGCAUGUCGAUGUACACUCUUCUCUGAUCUGAGCUUUAUCACCUUUGAUGGGCACCAUUUGGCUUUAUUUAAGGAAGCAUCCUAUGUCAUCAGCCAAACUCAAGAUGAAACUAUAAGCAUCCAUAUCAGUGACUGCAGCAAGAAUCAUAUGGGCAUUUUAACCUCUAAUAAGCUGUGCCUGGCAAUGUUAAAUUUAACAUAUAUGUCUAACCAAAUUACCAUUGACCGCUUAAACAGAAAGAUAGCUGUCAACUCAAGAUAUGCAUGGCCCACUGUUACAAAAUAUGGAUUUAAGAUUGAGGACAAUGGCUUCAUGUAUAUUAUUGAAACUCCGACAAAUACUAAAAUCCAGUGGUUUCAUACCACUGGGGUGAUGGUAAUAGAACUUAAUGCAACCAGUGAUCCAAAAGCAAUGGGACUGUGUGGCUUCUGUGAUGGAAUCUCAGCAAAUGAUCUCAUGCUACCCAACAGGACCGUUGUAAGCACUGUGGGUGCUUCAGUUGUUUUCACAGAUAGCUGGCAGGUGCCAAACACAUUGAAGUAUAUUGGAGAACAGAGAAUCCAUGAAACUAACUGUUCAGUCACAGACUGUUCCCUUUGUUUAAACAUGUUAUUGAACCAAACCUUCAGCAGCUGCCAUCCUUACGUUUCUCCAGAUUCCUUUUGUGAUAUGUGGGUCCAAGAUAAAGAAUACAUUCAGAAUCCAUGUAUAGCACUGGCUGCUUAUGUUGCAACAUGUAAUAAAUUUAACAUCUGUAUAGAAUGGAGGAAUUCUGAUUAUUGCUCCUUUCCCUGUCCAGAAGGUUUCUCCUAUAAGGCCUGUAUAUCUGCCUGUGAGACACCAAGCACUUGUCAAAAUAUGGAGCCAGGACUUCAGGAUCCAGACACCUGUUUAAUAUUGACUGAGGGAUGUGUGUGUGCAGAAGGGACCGUCCUUCACCGUGUACACUCUGCUCUUUGCAUCCCUGAAGAGAAGUGUGCCUGUACAGACACUUCUGGAGUGCCACAUGCACUGGGUGAGACUUGGAAAACCUCCCAUAGUGGAUGCUGCAUGCACAAAUGCGUUGACAAUGAGACCAUUGCUCCUGUGGAGUACAACUGCUCAGCAAAUAAUGACUUGGAAUGCCAGCGUUUUGGCGAAGUAGCUUUAAUUGUACCAGAUGAUCAAUCUUGUUGUCACCAGAAAGUUUGUACUUGUAAUCAGAGCCUCUGUGAAACAUUUAUUCCUGAAUGCAAGGGCCUAGAGAAACUGGCAACCUAUUACCGAGAUGAUUCCUGUUGUCCUAGCUACAGUUGUGAAUGUGAUCCAGCAAAAUGUGAGUCUAUGGAACAGAUUCCAAACUGCCGAGCAGAUCAAACUCUGAUUGCUGCCCAUGUGGAAGGCACCUGCUGUGUAUCCUAUAUCUGUGCAUGUGGUAUUUGCUCUGAUCAAAUUCCAGCGUGCCAGGAAGGAGAAGUGCUUACUGUGGAAGGCAACAUGACAGACAGAUGUUGUCCUACUUACCAGUGUAUUUGUGAAACCUAUCGUUGUCCUGAAUUUAAGUGUUUAUUAGGGAUGUCCUUGGUAGAAGUAUGGAGCCCAGAAACGUGCUGUCCAUUUCGUACAUGUGAAUGUGCAUGUGAAACAGUUCCUAAGCCUCAGUGUAAACUGGGAGAGAAACUUAUUAUAGAUGAACAAUUCCAGAACAGCACAGAAAAUGUUUGUCACUGCACUAAGUACAAGUGUUCAAGAGACAAAGUGUGCCUAAGCAGCGAGAGAGGCGUUCUGCAUCCAGGACAGUCCAUUGUUGAACACUCACCUGAUGGUGUUUGCCACACUUCCUACUGCACAAGCAUAGUUGAUCCUGUUACCAAGUACUAUCGGAUAAAUAUAUCCACUAUAGAUUGUGCGGCAAGGUGCAAAUCUAAUGAAGUCUAUGAACCUCCAGAGGAUUUAACAACUUGUUGUGGAAAAUGCAAGAAUGUAUCUUGUGUUCACUCUUUCAGCAAUGGAACAGUUUCACAUUUUAAGCCUGGCACCAGUUGGAUUUCGAACUGUGUCAGAUAUGACUGCGCAAACACACCGUUUGGACCUGUUCUAAUUACAUCAGCCAUCAGCUGUCCACCGUUUAAUGAAACAGAAUGUGUGAAGGUUGGAGGAUAUAUUGUACCAUUCUUAGAAGGAUGCUGCAAAACAUGCAAGGAAGAUGGAAAAUUCUGCAAAAAGGUGACUGUUAGGAUGACAAUACGCAAGAACGAUUGUCGAAGUAACACACCAGUAAAUAUUGUUUCCUGUGAUGGAAAAUGCCCUUCUGCAAGCAUAUAUAAUUAUAACAUCAAUACAUAUGCAAGAUUCUGCAAAUGCUGCAGGGAACUUGGGCUACACAGACGAAAUGUGCAGCUAUAUUGCAGUGGCAACUCCACCUGGGUCAGCUAUACUAUUCAAGAACCCACAGACUGUUCUUGCCAGUGGUCAUGAAACAAUGCUACAAGAAAUCAAUGUGUUCAACAGCUUUGGGGAAAAAUUAAUUUUUAGCCCUGAGUUAGGACAAAGAAUGUUGAUGACACAGUUGCCUACAGUUAAAAAAAAACAGCAUUUAAAUAAACUGGAUUGUGUUCUGGGCUCUCUGCUUAACAGAUGAAUUUACAGCACUGAUGUUGUAUUUUCAGAACAUGACCCCACAAAAAUCUGAACGUUCUAAUGAGGCACAGUAUUCUAAGGGUUAGUUCAUACAACAAAAUUGGCCACUUAACAGAUUGUGUGACUGGUCUACUUACAGGAGCAGUGUAACAUUUAAACAGAGAAAACACAGUUCCAUGGUAGCAAUGACUGUG